AUGGACGCGCACGCCGCGUGGGCGUGCCUCCGACUAAUAUACGCCAGCGCGGCGCACUCGGUCCGGCCCGAUUCCGAGUGGUUCGGCCGCGUCAUCGGCCGGCCGGCGUACGCUCCGAUGGUGCCGGUCCCGAUGAACGGUCUGGCCGUGUCGACGUCGGCGGCGGCGGCGGCCGUGACGCGGACCUCGCCGCCGGGCCACGGGCCGGCCGGCGCGGGCGCCUCGCCGAUGGCGGCGCUGCAGGAGCUGAUGCCGCCCGGCUCGCCGCGCAACAGCGGCAGUCCCGGCUCCUCGACGCGCUCCGUGUCGAGGAGCUCACAGCACUCGCCCAACUCGUCGGGUAGCGCGCCACCACCUGGCGCCGUGUCGGCCGGCCGGCGCUCCUCCACCUCGCGCCACGCCGCCUCUGAGGGCGUGGUGGCCGAGCAGGGCGUGGCCACCUCCACCGUCACCGACCCCGUGCCGAACGCGCUGCUCAAGUGCACGCUCUGUCAGGAGCGGCUGGAGGACACGCACUUCGUGCAGUGCCCCUCCAAGAGCCACCACAAGUUCUGCUUCCCGUGCUCGCGCGAGAGCAUCAAGCGACAGGGCGUCGGCUCGGAGGUUGUACUGCCCCAGCGGGCGAGAAGUGCCCCGCUGCAGGACUCGAACGUGCCCUGGGCCUUCAUGCAGAACGAAAUCUCCACCAUCCUCGGCGAGGACCCGCCAGUCAAAAAGGAGCGAGAACCGUGGACGUGGGCGGGCGAUGCCCAGUUGUUGAGCUCUUGGGAGGCGCUGCGGAAGCCGAAGCAGCCCGGCCAUGACUCGCUCACCCCUGAUGGGCGGAGGGCGGCGGGCAGCUGGGAGACGCGGCUGACCUGGGAAAGGGAGCAGCGACCGGAGUGUGGUCACAGGAUCAUGCGCAACGCUCAGGCAUGUGUCUGGAUCUGA